AUUACCGAUGAUAAGUAUACUGUCAAAACGUAUUUAUCUAAAUAUGACCACUUCCAUAAAUAAGUACCUAUGUAGGUUAACGUGACGUAUGCAUGCAUGUACAUAUGCACAUACCUACAUACAUACGUAGCCCAGUAACCUAGAAGCUAAGAAAGAAAUUUAUCGAACUGUUAGAGAACAACAAUUAUGAAUCUUUUAUUAAAGGUGGUCAUCCAUUUCGUUCUGUGGUUAUGAGUUUCGUUCCAGUGAAUUAUUGCAUUAAAAAUUGCGACUGAAAUUAUUUUUGGCACGUGUACAUAGAUUCCAGUUAUACUCGAUAACCCACAAUGCCCGACUUUAGUUGAGAACUUCGACUACGGGUAUGCACAUUUAAUUUCAUUGAAAAAGACUGUGAUUAAAACUGCAACAAUGAUGACCAUACUGAACUCAAAGUCACACCAGCUUGACCUCAAAGUAACAGAUGGGGUAUUUCUGAAAGACUUGGACUGGUGGGAACCGACCUCACAGUACUGCAUGGACAGCAGUUUACACGGUCUACGAUUUAUUGGACAGCCUAAGCGUCACUUGGUGGAAAGAAUCUUUUGGAUUAUCGCGUUUCUCGUGUCGGUCGGAUUUGCUACCGUUUUGAUCUUCCAAAUCUGGGACAAGUACCGCCUCACCCCAGUAAUCACAGUAUUCCAACCAAAAGAUACCAGAAUUAAUCUCUUGCCAUUUCCUGCAAUCACGAUCUGCAACACGAACAAUGUGCAGAAAUCGAAGGCCGAGGAGUACGAAAAACUGGUUAUUGAUAAUCCAACAAAUCGUGAAGCAAAUCAUGAUCUUUAUUUUUUAAAUCAUAUUUGUGAGUCAACCAUGACAUUCACCGAUUCCUUCAACCUUUCCCUCGAAGGCGGCGCUGUGCGAAAAGAUCUUAUUGACCACGUCGUUAAAUUUAAAACGGAUAGAAAUAUAUCGUUUGGGACAAAAGCUGGUCAGCGUAUUGUUCACCUUUUAAGAGAUGUUACUCAAAAAUGUGACGAGAUGAUCCUUCUCUGCAUGUGGGGAGGCGAUGUUAUGAAUUGCAGCGAUUUGUUUGAUGAAAUUGAGACUGAUUUUGGCUACUGCUGUGUCUUUAAUAUGGCUCCGAUGUCUUUGUUGAUGAAUUUGAGAAAUGAUUCUCGAGACGACCCUACCAGAAUUGAAGACUGGAAGUCACUAAACUUGGAUACGGACAACAUGAUUCUAGAAGAGGAGGGAUCAUUUGAAAAUGAAUACGUACAAAGGUUCGGAAACGACCGAAAUUCCCGCACAGGCAACGCCGACCUGGGAAAACAACGGGGACUGUCAGUCCUGCUGAAUCCGGACGAGGAAAGUUAUUUCUGCACGAAUACUGAUUCCGUUGGAUUCAUGGCAUUGGCUCAUCUUCCUUUCGAUUUUCCGAACGUGGCUGAUAAAGGAGUCCCCAUUAAACCGAAUACUGAGACCUAUCUAAAAAUCGAACCUGACGUUGUCACGGCUGGAAGUGAGAUUCAAGAUUUUCCACUUGAAAAUCGUAACUGUUACUUCGGCCAAGAAUUUUCCCUCAAGUACUAUAAAUACUACACAAUGUCCAACUGUGAAAACGAAUGCAUUGCAAACAUAACGUAUAACGAGUGUAAAUGCAUUCGCUACUACAUGCCGAGGAGCGAAGAAGAAUAUAUUUGUGGAGUUAAAAAAUACAAUUGUACUGAGACAAUUCUUAGGGACAUUUUACAAGAGGGAUUGCAAGGAAGAUGCAAAAUGUGUCUCCCCAGUUGCACAGAUAUCGAAUUCAAAAUGCGAACUAGCUUCAUGCCCAUUCGGGGGGACAUUCCUCUGUGGGAGUACACAAACAGGACAAAUGCGUCAUGGGUUGGUAAAAACGUGUCCAUCCUUCACGUCCAUUAUAUGGCGGAUAAUACCCACCCGAGGCAGAGAAAAGAGCUGUACGGUUUCAUCGACUUAGUUUCCAACACUGGUGGUCUUCUCGGACUUUGCAUGGGGUUCAGCGUUCUCAGCAUACUGGAGAUAAUUUAUUUCCUCACGCUGCGACUUUACUGUCAGACCCGAUCGGGCAGGAACACGGGACACAAAGCGUCUCGGGGCAUCAAAUAUGCUUACAAGAAAUUCAGACAAUUUCUCGGAGUGGAACGAUCCACAAAUGUGACAAUGUUCUAUUUUCAACAUGGAAAAAAUAGCAUCCAGUUUCUCGACAAUCCACCGGCAGGAGACAAACUCUGCGACGUAAAUGUUCCUCAAAAUCAGUUAAGAAUUAUUGCGAAAACUGUCGACAAUAGAUUUUUUUGGUAGCGUGAUUAACUUUGUCAAUGUAUGCACAAAGAAGAAAAUUGGUACAAAUCAAGUUCAGCAUUUAAGAUUAGUAUCAUUAAGUACGUACGCAUAGGUUAGAAGAAGCGACAUACAUAUUUAUUUAAAUAGACGAAUAAUUUAAUUUUUUCCUAAAAAGAAACAAAUACUUAUUUUCGACAGGAUUUUUUCUCAAAUGAUGAUCAAGCAAAGUCUGAGAACUUCAUAAAUUAAAUAAAUUAACAAAUAAUUCAAUUGUUAGGCAUGAAUGGCAA